GUGUCGAUAAAUACACCUAAAUAUUAUUCACCGCAGUUGUGGUGUUUGUGUCGUUUUACGAAAGGUUUUUACAGUGGCUUUAUUUUUUUAGACGCUUAUAAAUCUAAUGUGUUUCAGUUAUUCUUCGCUUCCUCUUUCAGUUUGUCGGAGGAGAUAAUCUUUAGCAGCGUAACAUCAAACUUGCUUUCGCUUUAUCCGUAUCCGUGAUCCUCAUUUCAUCGUGACACACAUACAUUUAUAUCUGAAACAUUUUAGGUGAUUUUUGGUGCUUUGUGGGGAAUAUACAUCCAUCUCACUUUAGACAUAAAACCACAUGGAAGAAGAGAGCUGCUGUUGUGCAGAAAGUGCGUCUAAAGUCGCUCUGUAAGGCGAGACAGUUGAGUCAUAAUAUCGAGAUAAAUUAAUUUCCUAGCGUGUUUCCUGAUUUAAUGCUUGUGCAGAAGAAUGUCAUGCGCAAGCAGCGCAACUGGGAGAGGAGGCCGGAGGCGAAAAAAACCCAAAGAAAAGAGGAGAAACAGAGAAAGAAGCUCAACAGACAAAGUAAAGAUGUGAAUGAAUUCCGCCCACAGCUCAGUAAACGUGUCAUAAAAGCAAUUACCAAAGAGAGACUGGAGGAGGCCAGAGGAGCAGGACUGCGCCUGUGUGUUGAUCUCAGCACGACUGACUGUCUGUCCUCAAAGGAAAUCUGCCGCCUUGCAUGUCAGAUCAGGCGCCUUUACGGAUGCAAUAAAAAAGCCUUACAGCCUUUCCGCGUGUUUCUGACGGAGUUAAAAGAGGACAGUCUGCUGUAUAAGGAGUGUGUUCGGAUGAAUGACGGCUUCCUGAAUUAUUUGAUUGAUGUGACUGAGGAGAGCUGGUUUCAUCUGUUUCCCUCUGAAGAUGUGAUAUAUUUAACUCCAGAUGCAAGUGAAGCUUUAGAGUAUGUGGAGGAAGAUAAAGCUUAUAUCCUAGGAGGUUUAGUGGAUGAAACCAUACAAAAGAAAAUAAGCUACACGAGGGCGAAAGAGCUCGGCAUUUGCACGGCGUGGCUGCCGAUUGAUGAGUACAUGGUGAAGCGGCCAAACCCCAAAAACUUCCACUCCAAAAAUCCUAUGUUUGAAAUCCUACUGACAUUUCGGGACACUAAAGAUUGGACUAAAGCGCUUGCUGCUGGUAUCCCUCCUGGAAAAGGUUACAUGGUGGCGUCAGCAGCAUCUACAGACAUAAUAAACCCUUCAGAAGAGCUUUAGACACUCGCGGACUUUGGCUUCAUAGUGUUUAUAAGGCCUUGAGCCUGUAAUAGUGUUAUGAACUCAUCUAUAAUGGAUAACUUUGUCUGACUGAAGUAACUUGAAUCAAUAAUAUUCAAAAUACUUGACUGCGUCUUUUGUAUCACGUUUGAUUUAUUUCGAAAUGCUCUAAUUCAGUUGU